GCCGCGCCUGGCGGCCCGUUGUGCAGUGUCACGCCAUGAAGCAGGACGGGCCCCGGCGCCGCGGCGACAAGGCCAAGGCACCCCCCGAGGGACCCCCGCCCGCGCCCCCCGACGUCGAGAUGCACGAGGAGGCGGCCCCGGCGGCCCCCGAGGCGGCGGGAGAGCGGCAGCCGCAGAGGGAGCUGGACGCGAUCACGCUGGAGGACAUCAAGGAGCACGUGAAGCAGCUGGAGAAGGCGGUGUCGGGGAAGGAGCCGCGCUACGUCCUGCGGGCCCUGCGGGCUCUGCCCUCCACCUCCCGCCGCCUCAACCCCAACGUGCUGCACAAGGCCAUCCACGGCUUCUUCACCUCCAACUGCACCCUCAGGGACUUCCUGCUCGGCUUCCUGGAGGAGUCCAUGGACACGGAAGCUGAGCUGCAGUUCCGCCCACGGACAGGGAAAGCGGCCUCAGCCCCUCUCCUGCCAGAGGUGGAGACCUACCUGCAGCUGCUGCUCGUCAUCUACCUGAUGAACAGCAAGAGGUACCCCGAGGCUCAGAAAGUGUCCGAUGACCUGAUGCAGAAGAUCAGCUCCCAGAACCGCCGGGCCCUGGACCUGGUGGUGGCCAAGUGCUACUAUUACCACUCCCGGAUCUACGAGUUCCUGAACAAGCUCGACGUGGUCCGGAGCUUCCUGCACGCGCGGCUCCGCACGGCCACGCUGCGCCACGACGCCGACGGCCAGGCCACGCUGCUCAACCUGCUCCUGAGGAAUUACCUCCACUACAACCUCUACGACCAGGCCGAGAAGCUCGUCUCCAAGUCCGUGUUCCCCGAGCAGGCCAACAACAACGAGUGGGCCCGGUACCUGUACUACACAGGGCGGAUCAAGGCCAUCCAGCUGGAAUACUCGGAGGCGCGGCGGACCAUGACCAACGCCCUGCGCAAGGCCCCGCAGCACACGGCCGUGGGCUUCAAGCAGACGGUGCACAAGCUGCUCAUCGUGGUGGAGCUGCUGCUUGGGGAGAUCCCGGACAGGCUGCAGUUCCGGCAGCCCUCGCUCAAGCGCUCGCUCAUGCCCUACUUCCUGCUGACCCAGGCCGUCCGGACGGGGAACCUGGCCAAGUUCAACCAAGUCCUUGACCAGUUUGGGGACAAGUUCCAGGCGGACGGCACCUACACCCUCAUCAUCCGGCUGAGGCACAACGUCAUCAAGACAGGUGUCCGGAUGAUCAGCCUCUCCUACUCCCGCAUCUCCCUGGCUGACAUCGCCCAGAAGCUGCAGCUGGACAGUCCGGAGGAUGCCGAGUUCAUCGUGGCCAAGGCCAUCCGGGAUGGCGUGAUCGAGGCCAGCAUCAACCAUGAGAAGGGCUACGUGCAGUCCAAGGAGAUGAUCGACAUCUACUCCACGCGGGAGCCCCAGCUGGCCUUCCACCAGCGCAUCUCCUUCUGCCUCGACAUCCACAACAUGUCCGUGAAGGCCAUGAGGUUCCCACCCAAAUCGUACAACAAGGACUUGGAAUCUGCAGAGGAGCGCCGGGAGCGUGAGCAGCAGGACCUGGAGUUCGCCAAGGAGAUGGCAGAGGAUGAUGACGACGGUUUUCCGUGACCCUGGGCCCUGGCUGUGUUUUUUAUUUGUCCCUUGGGCAGAUGGUGGCUGAGCAGGGCACCCCCCCAACCCCCCUUUUAUAAAUCCCUGCAUGUCUGUACUGUGGGAGGGAACACAGGGGGUUCCCUGGGCCUGCAGCCCCCGACCCCCUGCACCCACGUUGGGACCCCCUCCCCAAUAAACAUCCCUGGAAGGAUCCCUGUGGUGAUGUCGGAGCCGGUGCCGGGGGGGCUGUGGGGGGAGCGGGGCUGGAGCGGGCAGGGGGCAGGAGGGGGGGGCUUUGUCAGGGCCCCCCCGGCUCCCACAACAGCAACGGGGUCAAACUUUGUUAAACUUCAGUUAUGAAUUUUAAAAUAAAAGAUGGAAAAACACCA